AUGGCUCGUGGUAACAAACAUCAUGGUCUAUACUGGACUACGACUUCUACUUGUGCCAAUAUGGUGAAUGCAGUUGAAAGCGAUAACUCUUCAACAUUAUGGCACAAGAGGCUUAGCCACAUCAGUGAGAAAGGACUUAAUGUUUUGGCCAAGAAGAAAUUGUUGUUAGAUUUCCAAAGUGCAAAAAUUAGAAAAGCUACAGUUGAAAGAGAAACUACAAAGAAACUAAAAUGUAUUCGUACAGAUAAUGGUGGUGAAUAUUGUGGAUCAUUUGACGAAUACUGCAUGCAUCAAGGUAUUAGACACCAGGAGACUCCUCCUACGACUCCUCAUCUUAAUAGGUUGGCUGAGAGGAUGAACAGAACCUUGAUGGAAAAAGUUAGAUGUUUGCUUUCUGAAGCAAAGUUGCCGAACUCCUUUUGGGGUGAAGCCUUAUUGGCUGAUGCACAUGUUAUUAACUUAUCUCUUGCUGUUGUUUGCAAUGUGAUGUUCCAAAUAGAGUUUGGUAUGACAAAGAUGCUAUAUGAUCCAAUUGAGAAGAAGCUUGUGAGAAGCCGCGGUAUCGUCUUUAUGGAAAAUCAAACCAUUAAAGAUAUUGACAAAGCGGAAAAGCUAAAAUCUUCAAGUUCUGAUGGCGUAGUCCAUUUUGAUCAAGUUCCUCAUACAAUGUGCAUGAUGUUGAUGGUUGUGGAAGAAGCAAAUAAUCCUCUUAGGAGGUCCACAAGACAACACAUUCCUUCAUCCAACUAUUCACCUAAUGAGUAUGUGCUACUCGCUGACGAGUUGAACCAGAGUCCUAAGGGAAUGAGAGAUUUGAAGAACAAGUGGGUAUUCAAAGUUAAAGUUGAAGAACACAGCUUGAAGCCCAGUAGUGCAGGCAUUCAGUUUGGAUAUGGUAUGAAUGUUGGCUUCACAAUGUAUGAGCGUCUGUUAGAUAGCUCUUAUUCAUGCGAAUCAGCCCCUUGUUAUUUCUUGACAAAAGAACGUAGAUGUCCAAUCUCUUAUGUGGUUGCUGCUUCGAUUUAUUUCUUGGUGCUAGAGAAAUUGUAUAAAGCUCGAUGGGGACCAGAGGAUGUUGUUGGAUGCAUCAUAAUGUCUCCCACAAGGGAGUUAGCGGGUCAACUUUUCGAAGUACUUAAAUCUGUUGGGAAGCAUCAUGGCUUUAGUGCUGGCCUUCUGAUUGGUGGCCGCAAAGAUGUUGACGCUGAAAAAGAGCAUGUUAAUGUACUUAACAUCCUGGUCUGUACUCCUGGCCGACCUCUUCAGCAUAUGGAUGAGACACCAAAUUUUGAUUGUUCACAACUUCAGGUUUUAGUUCUGGAGGAAUCAGAUCGUAUUCUUGAUGUGGGGUUUAAGAGGGAAUUAAAUGCAAUCAUUUCACAAUUGCCUAAACAUAGGCAGACCUUGUUGUUUUCAGCAACCCAGACGAAGUCUGUUCAAGAUCUGGCAAGGCUCAGUCUGAAAGACCCUGAAUAUUUGGGUGUACAUGAGGAGUCUGAUACUGCGACUCCCAACCGCUUGCAACAAACAGCAAUGCUUGUUCCUCUUGAUAAGAAAUUUGACAUGUUGUGGAGUUUUAUAAAGGCACAUCUUAAUUCAAGGAUAUUGGUUUUCCUAUCAAGCUGCAAGCAGGUAAAAUUUGUUUUUGAAACUUUCAAAAAACUCCGUCCUGGGAUUCCCCUCAAGUGUCUUCAUGGAAGGAUGAAGCAAGAUAAAAGGAUGGGAAUUUAUUCCCAAUUUUGUGAACAACGUUCUGUUCUGUUCUCCACUGAUGUUGCUUCGAGGGGACUUGAUUUUAAUAAGGCAGUUGAUUGGGUUGUCCAGGUGGACUGUCCUGAAGAUUGUGCUGCUUACAUACACAGAGUUGGCCGCACUGCUCGUUACUUUUCAGGCGAAAGAUCUGUUUUAUUUGUGAUGCCAUCUGAAGUGAAGAUGCUUGAAAAGUUGGAAGAGAAAAAGAUUCCCCUUCGAGUUAUCAAGGCAAAUGAAAAGAGGAUACAGUCUGUCUCGGAUCUUCUUGCUUCUUUAUUGGUCAAGUACCCUGAUCUACAGCAUCUGUCUCAAAGGGCUUUCGUGACAUAUUUGAAGUCCAUACACAAACAGAGAGAUAAAGAGACACUUGAUGUUACAAAACUUCCUAUUGAUGAAUUCUCUGCUUCAUUGGGUCUUCCUAUGACCCCCAAAAUCCGAUUUCUGAAACAGAAACUCAAAGGGAAGACAGAGUCUGAAGCAUUAUCUCUCAUACGGGAGAACACAAUUAAUGAUAAUUUGUUGGAAUUUCCAAUUAAGGAGCCAGAAUUUCCAAAUAAGGAUCCAGAUACAGGUAAAUCAGAUGUAGAGGAAGUGGAUGAAGACAUCCUUCUAGCUAAGGAGACGCAAGGAGUUGGAGAAAAUAUUAACAGCAAAGAGGAUGACAUGCUGGCCACUAGAGUUACGAAUAAAAAGAAACUAAAGAUCAAUGUCCAUAGACCAGUAGGGACAAGGGUUGUGUUUGAUGAGGAAGGGAACACCUUACCUCCUCUUGCAAGAUUAGCAGCCUCAAGCAGUGGUGCAGACGCUGUUCAGCUCAACAAAGAAAAAGUAAAUCAGAGAUAUGCUGAGUUAAGAAAGAACUUGAAGGUGGCCGACAAGGAAGACAAGGAUUUGGACGAAAAACGAAUCAAGGAGAAGAUGAAGAACAAGAGAGGGAGAGAGGAGGAUGAAGAUGAAGAACUCUCUGGGUCAGACAUGGAAAUCCCCAGAGGUAGAGUCGACAAGAAAACAAAGGUUUAUUUUGACAGUGACAACGAGGAUGGCGAGAGGACAGGGCACAUGUCUAAAAAGGAGGGUAUUGCUGCUGAUGCUAUAUCUUUGGCAGAACAAGAAGAACUGGCUCUGAAGUUGCUAAAUUCCAUGCACUCAUAAUGGAACAACAUUUUGGUAGCUGUAGUUUAUGUUAUUCUCAGAAGCAAUGCUGUUAUAAUAGUACCUUGAAUAGGUAGAAAUCAUUGGGUCACUUACGAGGCAAACAUGAAGAUGAUUAGCUUAUAUGCAGUUGCUUUCAUGCACAGUUUAA